UCUUAGUACUAAGCCUUGACCACGAGGCUCUUGAUCUUUCUUUUGUCACGGCGAAUGACCGCAGGGGUUUUGAGGCUUAGAUAUAAGAACUUACAAGCGUUCAAAUGUCAUCUGAGGGAUAUUAUAUCCACCUCUAAAGAUACAGAAAAGGCGAGGGUAAGCUUAGGGUUCAACUGUAAGACUUCAGUCGGCACCAAGUUUUAUACAUGCACUGAUUUCACAGAAGAUCAGAGGAUUGAUGACCUCAUGGGAAUAAUGGCUGGAGGUACAGAGACUACCGCCCAUUCUUUGCUAUCUUGCUUGUACUAUUUGAAGAAGUAUCCUAAUACCUUGCAGAAACUUAAGGAGGAGCUUCACAAGGAAGGAUUUAGAAAGGACGUAGACUAUGAGAAGCAGUACACUGUUGAGAACAUCCAGAAUUGUAGUUAUUUGAAUUGCAUCGUUAAAGAAACAUUUAGAAGAGACGCCUCAGUUCCUGAUACUUUUGAUUAUUGCUCUAUUGAAGAUACAGAAAUAUGUGGAGUACCGAUUGCUAAAGGUAUCAAAGUAAAACUGGACUUAGUUUCUAAUCACUUUGCAGAUGACCAAUGGCUUGAACCAUUAGAAUUUGUCCCUGAAAGACACGACAUUGAGUCUGACUUCUAUAAGAAAUCUCGAGAUGCCGGUAAGAUUCAGAAUAGCUACUCCAGAAGAAUCUUCAGUCAUGGUAGAAGGAACUGUGCUGGGCAAAGUUUAGCCAACAUGGAGAUGAAGGUGAUAAUUGCUUACCUAGUAACCCACAUGGAGUUCACAUUUGACAAGAAAGAUCUGGAGACUGAAGGGAUUGGGUUUGGGAUCGCCUCUCAAUUUAACCCAAAGAUUACAGUUACAAAGCUGUAGUGGCAGACAUAUCUGCAAUAAUUUAGCAAUCUUUAAAACCAAUAUGAUC